UGGGUUUGGUUCACAGAAUCGCAGCCGCGACCCCAAAUUCUGUGGUCUGAUAGUCAUCUUCUCAAGAAAUAAACUCCAUCUCUCCUACCCACACAUUUCAACCAACACCAUUUCAAUCCCCCCAAUUCCCACCAGUCAACCGCCAUCAUCAAACCUUACAAUGUCGUCCUCUUCGAUUCUAAGAACAGCCAAAUCAUCAAUUAAUUUAAUCCCCACCACCCAACGCCUCCCUGUCCGCCAUCUAUCCACCGCCGCGAGUGGUGGCGCUAUUCAGGGGGAUCCACAACCGUCUUCCUCCGAAACCAACCCCAGAUCAUGGGUUCUGAAAUUGGUUUCUGGAAUUGCAGUUGGGUCAAGCUUAGGGGCUUUAUUUUACCCAGUUUCGCCUAAUCAUGAUUGCGAUGUUAAUGAUAAUGUUUCAUCUUCUUCCUCAUCUUCUGUUUUUGAUUAUUUUAAAGGAAAAUCAAUGUUGACUUUUGCUGAUUGGUCAUCUGCUCCCACAGAAGCUACUUCCAUUUCUUCUUUGGAUUCCGUACCUCGUUCUCUCUCCUUGAAGAAUUCCAGAUUUCUCUUUCCGGAUGCGUUUAGGAGGAAGGUCUUUUUUAAGUAUGAGAAACGUAUGAGGAUGCGAAGUCCUCCAGAGAAGGUGUUCGAGUACUUUGCAUCUGUUCAAAGUUCUUCUGGAGAAAUACUGAUGACGCCAUCGGAUUUGAUGCGAGCUGUUGUCCCUGUUUUCCCCCCAUCUGAGUCAGGUCUAGUCCGAGAUGGGUACCUUUCAGGGGAGAGGUGUCCUGGCGAGUUAAGAUGUCCUGCUUCUGAGUUUUUUAUGCUGUUUGACGUGAAUAAUGAUGGACUAAUUUCUUUCAAAGAGUACAUAUUUUUUGUGACCCUACUCAGCAUUCCUGAAUCAAGCUUCUCUGUGGCUUUCAAGAUGUUUGAUCUUGAUAAAAACGGAGAGAUUGACAGGGAUGAAUUCAAAAAAGUCAUGGCUCUGAUGAGAAAUCAAAACAGGCAAGGAUCUACUCACCGUGAUGGGCUUAGACAUGGUUUCAAGCUAGGAGGUUCUGUGGAAAACGGGGGCUUACUUGAGUAUUUCUUUGGCGAAACUGGUGAAAUGCAGUUACAUUAUGACAGAUUUGUCCGAUUUUUAAGAAAAUUACAUGAUGAAAUUGUGAGAUUAGAGUUUUCCCACUAUGAUUAUAAAUCACAAGGGACUAUAUCAGCAAAGGAUUUUGCUCUCUCCAUGGUAGCUUCUGCUGAUUUAAAUCAUGUAAACAAGUUGCUUGAACGGGUUGAUGAAUUAGACAAUUGCCCAGAGCUUAGCAGUACACGCAUCUCAGAGGACCAAUUCUGCAAAUUUGCAGAACUACGUACAAAGCUGGAGCCUUUUUCUUUGGCCUUGUUGGCAUAUGGUAAAGUUAAUGGUUUACUGACAAGAAAGGACUUCCAACGAGCCGCAUCUCAGGUGUGUGGUGUUGAUCUGAAUGACAAUGUGGUGGAUAUCGUUUUCCAUGUUUUUGAUGCAAACCGUGAUGGGAACUUGUGUGCCGAAGAAUUUCUGAGAGUUCUUCAGAAACGGGCAAGAGACAUUGCCCAACCAAAUGAGACUGGAAUUUUGGGCUUUUUGUCAUGCUGCCGUAACUGUGCAAAUAAUUGUUCCUUCUCCCGGCUAUUUUCUUGAUUCAAAACUGAAGUUCUGGAUGUCACGGACUGCAAAAUGAAGCUUCAGUUCCAUGACAUAGAAACCCGGUGUGGAAACUUUGAACCUAGCCUCACUGAUCUGUCUGACUGCUGAAAGAAAGUGACAAUAGGUAGUCGAGGCUUAAGAGGUACAGAAAGGCAGGAGAAGGUGGUCAUCAUAUCCCGUCUUUUUUUAACCACGGAUAUAAUCUAGAUUAAUACCUAGUUGUAUACUUGUAAUCUGACGAAGAAACCAUAGCUCGUGAUGAUAUACAAGUCUCUACCAUCAUAAUACAGGUGGUUGUAAAUUUUGUUCAAAACGGUAGUGUAAGAAAUACUAAGAAUACUUAGUUUUGCAGAUAUAUCCUUGUUCAUGCAUUUCCCUUGCAACCAGGUUUAAGCAUGUAACUGUUUUACGUUCAAGCCGUUAAAGUAAAUGGCAUAUAUAAAUAUAGUUCUAUUUUCAUC